AUGACGUUCCCAAUUCAUCCUGUCGCCAACUCUCAGGCUGUCCUUCCUGGCUCGAAGUAUCGCUUUACCGUGCUAACCGAUCGCUUGAUUCGAUACGAGUGGGCUUCUGAUGGCUGUUUCGAGGAUCGAGCGUCUACCUUCGCCAUUAACCGGCACUUUCCGACACCCCAAUUCCUCGUUAUCGACAACGAUGAUGGUCUCGAGAUCAUCACCGACCAUUUCCACCUAUGUUACGAUAAGCAAAGAUUCUCCCCUGCUGGACUGAACGCCCAUUUAAGCUUUCAACACACCAACUGGGGGGCUCCAUGGCGGUACGGACUCGAUGAGAAGCUCAACUUGGGCGGCUCGCUCAACUUGGGAGGCACAGCUCGGACCCUUGAUCUCUGCAACGGCCGUUGCGAUAUGGGAGAAGGAGUGAUUUCCAAAGCAGGGUACGCGGCCCUAGACGAUUCAACGUCCAUGCUCUUCGACGGCGACUUCGUGGUGGGCCGAAAACCCGGGGAUCGUAUCGAUGGAUACCUUUUCUGCUACGGUCAUGACUACAAAGCUGCGAUCAAGGCAUUCUACUCCGUGUCCGGCAAGCAGCCCGUAUUACCCCGCUACGCUCUAGGCAACUGGUGGAGUCGAUACUAUCCCUAUCAUCAGGACGGGUAUAUUCAGCUCAUGGAUGACUUCCGUGCACGCGAUAUUCCCCUGUCAGUUGCUGUGGUCGACAUGGACUGGCAUCUGGUAAAAGACCCUUCUGUACCUCAUGCCGGAUGGACCGGCUAUACCUGGGAUAGGAAGCUCUUCCCAAAUCCGGAGCAAUUCCGACGUGAUUUGCAUGAGAGACACCUGAAGAUCACCCUUAAUGAUCAUCCUCACAAUGGAAUUCAUUCCCAUGAAGAUGCAUACGAGGAGAUGGCCGAAGCUCUGGAUCACGACACCAGUGAAAAGAGGCCAAUUAUGUUCGAUCCCUCUAACCGCAAGUUCAUGAAAGCGUACCUGGAGAUCUUGCAUCGUAAUCUGGAGAAGACCGCAUGCGAUUUCUGGUGGAUCGACUGGCAGCAAGGGCCGUACUCUAAGGUUCCUGGCCUCGAUCCUCUUUGGCUUCUGAACCAUUUCCACUAUCUCGAUCAUGGACGAGACGGCAACACCACUCCUCUUAUCUUUUCCCGGUACGCUGGGCCUGGAAGCCAACGAUAUCCAAUAGGAUUCUCAGGCGACACAGUCGUCACCUGGGACUCGUUGGCUUUCCAACCGGAGUUCACCGCCACAGCGUCGAAUAUAGGUUAUGGAUGGUGGAGCCAUGAUAUUGGUGGCCAUAUCUUUGGUGUUAGAGACGACGAACUCGUUGCUCGUUGGGUUCAGCUCGGUGUCUUUUCGCCCAUUUUCCGUCUGCACUCGUCUGAUUCGAAGUGGAAUUCUAAAGAGCCGUGGAUGUAUCGCUCGGAGUACUGCGAGGUCAUGUCCAACUUUAUGAAGUUGCGACAUCGACUGGUGCCAUUCCUGUAUACGUGCAACGUCGUCGGUUCAGUCGAGUAUGAGCCUUUAGUGCAGCCGAUGUACUGGAUGUAUCCGGAAUCUGACCAGGCGUACGCGUUUCCCAAUCAGUAUAUCUUUGGAUCGAAACUCCUGAUUGCUCCUAUUGUCGAGCCUCGUGACAAGACGACAAACUUGGGGGCUGUCAAAGCCUGGCUGCCACCCGGUUCUCGGUUCACUGACAUAUUUACUGGUCAAUCGUAUGACGCAGACCGAGAGAUCACAUUCUACCGAACAUUGGAGGAAUACCCGGUUCUGGCCCGUGAAGGAACCAUUAUUCCUAUGGAUGCGAGCCCAGCUCCAGGAAACGGUUGUUUGAAUGUGGACGCGUUCGAGUUUGUCGUUGUAAUCGGCAAUGAUGCCGAAGCCACCAUUUUGGAAGAUGCUGGAGACGAGGCACCCAAUUCGACGUCUGGCAAAGGGCAACGGAAAUAUGUUGUCCAAUUCAACCAAGCAGAAGGGAAGCUGACCGCACAUUCGGUCGACCGACCCUCGAAAUUCCGAUUUCUGUCAUUGACAUCUGUUCCUGAUGACUUAAAAAUUUACUGUGACGGCAUCGAGCAGACGGACGAGAUUAAAGUGGCCAUUGAAGAGGACUGCCAGGCCCCUGGUCUGGUCAUUGACUGCUCGUUCUCCCAAGUUGGUCACUGUAUCACUAUUGAACUCGGUCCUGACCCUCAACUCAGCGUGAUGAAUCCGAUGCACCGUCUCGAGACUCUGAUAAUGGACUAUCAAUGUGAGUUCGAGGUUAAGGACCAGUUGUGGAAAGUCGUGACAGACCACAUGAAACCUGUUAACGCUGUGAUUGGGACAUUGCUAUCGCUUGGGUACGAUCUCUCUAUCGUGGGUCCUGUGUCUGAGCAGCUGUUGGCAGAUAGUCGGCUAUGUUUGCCUUUUGUUAGGCGGACGCUGGCUGAAGGAUCAGCCACGCGAGUCUGA